UUUUUCCUUUAAACGUUCUCAAAAAAUUCAGAUGAAAAAGGAAACAAGAAAAGUUACGACUGAGGCAGAUAAGAAAGAUCCAGGAGAUCAAAAUUGUAAGAGCAGGAUGGCUAAAAGAAAGGCCAGUCCUGAAAAAACGACCCCCAUAAAAAGAAGGAGGGUCACUGAGCAGGCUGGUCCUUCCACCAGCUCAGAUGCUCAUGUGGUCAGGGGAGUCAAGCGAAAGGUCCAACAAGAUGAAGCGGGGACAGCCAACACAGCAAAGAAGCGUAAACUUCUUGACCAUGUGAGCGGUGACAAGGGGCAGGCAUCUUCCUGGUUGGACACUGGUAAAGACUGCAGCAUAGAGAUUUCAGAGAGCUGCAGUAAAAACAAAAAGGCUGGCAAAAGGAAAGCUGCGGGAGACACCAGGGACCCACCUAAGAAAAAGAAAGUGGACCAGGACAAAACCAAAACUGUUGCCAAAAAGUCAGUGGCUGAACAGAAACGUGACUUCCAAGCGAGAUACGUGGAGGAGCACCGGCUUGGAGAAGGAGGGUGUGGAGCAGUGUUUGCUGGCUACCGCAUAAAGGAUCAUUUACCAGUGGCCAUCAAACACAUCCCAAAGGGGAAAGUGUACUGCAAAGUGAAGGAUGAUAACGGGAAGAAUGUGUCAGUGGAAGUUGCCAUCAUGCUGAAGCUUGCAGCUGAAGCAGAUGGAUCAGUGGAAACAUCAGCCCCAGUGUCUCUGUUGGAGUGGUUUGACUUUGGCAGAGAGCUGAUCCUGGUGAUGGAGAGACCUGUCCCCGCUGUGGACCUGGAUAAAUAUAUAGAAGAAAAUGGAGGAUUUUUGCCAGAGGACAAGGCCAAGGUCAUUCUGAAGCAGCUGGUUGAUGCUGCGAAGCACCUGGAGGAUAAACACAUCUUUCACCGGGACAUCAAGAGUGAGAACAUUCUAAUUGAGACCGGCUCAGAUGUACCGCGUGUUCGUAUCAUCGACUUUGGACUGAGCUGCUUUGUUAAGGAGCAGUCGCAGUACCGCGUCUUCUAUGGUACAGAAAUUUACUCCCCUCCCGAGUGGUACGGGCGCAGUUGCUACAGGUGUGGACCCACCACGGUAUGGCAAAUGGGAGUGGUUCUGUACGAAGCGCUUCAUGCGGGAGACUUUAACACCACGAGCUUCCUCAAAAAGCGCCUGAAAUUCAAAAGACAUCUGUCCAAAAACUGCCGGGAUUUCUUGGACGCGUGUUUAACCAAAGUCCCGGAGACGCGGCCGACGCUGGAGGAGCUACAGCAUCACACGUGGCUGAGAUAAGCAUAUCACACACACACACAAACACACACAAUUCAGACGUUAUCAUUUAUGUGUGAUGUAUGAAUUACCUUGCUUUUUUUCAGGAAAUAAUUUUUUUAAUUGGCCCACUUUAAAUUUCAGUGUUUUGGAAUUCCUGUAACCCCCCCAGCCAUCCCAGGAAAGGGGAUCUCUCUUUGAAUGGGCUUUCCCGAGGUUUCUUCCCGUCAAUCUGGCCCCCCCAGGGGAGUUUUUCCUCGUCUUCAUAGAGAGCUUGGGCUGGGUCAGGAGCUCCAUCAAAACUGUCUUUAUUUAAUUACUCUAAUGUAAUCAUAUACUUUAAAGUAAUCAAAUAAAAGACAGUAAAAAUCUGAAGACUUGAAGUAAACUUCCAUUAAAAUAAAACUUGUUUAAUUCAU